AUUAAUUAGUUAAUUAAAGAUAAAUUAGAAACAUGUGAUCCACAACUGAAUGAAGAAGCUUUCGGAAGACUCAGCAACAUUAAUCAUCUCGGCAGCUCCACCAAUAAUCAGUAAUCACAUUCACUAUUCUUGCUUUCUAAAUUUAUCUUGAUGGCCAACGACGAUACAAAGGAGCCCUUGCUAUUGGGAUCACAGGAAACGGGAGCUCAAAAGGCGAAACGACAUUUAAACCAAAGAAGGUUCCUACGUUCUAGAAGUGCCCCUGACAUAGAUCAUGCUCCUCUGGUGACAAACGACAGUGAAUCGAUUCCCCUUUCUGAGUCCAUAUUUGGGAUUUUACAUCCAAGUUUAAAAAAGGUGGCUAUAUAUCUUAUGGUCUAUUUAGGUGUAGGAGCUAUAAUCUUCUACCUUGUUAGGAACCAGAUCAAGGGACUGAAAACACACAGAUUCCUUGAUGCCAUAUACUUCACAAUUGUGACAAUGACUACUGUUGGAUAUGGAGACCUUGUUCCCGAUAGCGACCUUACGAAAAUACUUGCGUGCGCUUUUGUUUUCUCUGGAAUGGCAUUGAUGGGAAUAAUCCUAAGCAAAGCAGCAGAUUACUUGGUUGAGAAGCAAGAAGUUUUGCUAGUUAAAGCAAUGCACAUGCACGAAAAAGUUGGUCCAAGUGAAAUUUUAAAGGAGCUUGAGAUGAAUAAAACAAGAUACAAAUUUUUUCUGGUCUUUUCCCUUCUUCUGAUUCUGAUUAUAGUGGGGACAAUCUUCUUGGUCACUGUUGAGAAAUUGGAAAUUAUUGAUGCCUUUUACUGUGUUUGUUCAACAAUUACAACUCUUGGUUAUGGAGAUAAAAGUUUCUCAACUGAAGCUGGAAGAAUAUUUGCAGUGUUUUGGAUAUUAACAGGUACUAUUUGUUUAGCUCAGUUUUUCCUCUACAUGGCUGAACUAAACACUGAAAGCAGACAAAAGGCACUUGUCCAUUGGGUUCUUACAAGAAAAACGACCAAUUUUGAUUUGGAAGCUGCAGAUCUUGAUCAUGAUGGGGUUGUUGGGGCUGCUGAAUUUGUUAUUUAUAAGCUGAAAGAGAUGGGGAAGAUUAGUCAAGAAGAUAUAUCACUUGUGAUGAAGGAGUUUGAACAGCUUGACAUUGAUCAGUCUGGUACACUGUCUGUUUCUGAUAUAACACUUGCUCAAUCAUCUUAAACUAAACAUUAUACACACCAAGUUGAUUUAGAGGGGUUCUCAUUUUUCACUUCAACCACAAAAUGCACACCAGAGCUUUGACGAGGAUGGAAAGUUUGAAGUUUCUAGAAAAGGUGCACAUUUAUUCUUGCAAUUUGAUGCUGACAGUUUGAAAAAUGAAACCAUAUACCAGUGUGACAAAGUGAAAGUGAGGAAGUUACUUCAUGUCUCAAAUAUAUAUUAGUUAAAAUAUUUUAAAAAGGUAAUUCAUGUCUCAAUUUAGUGAGAAAGUGCUUAUUGACUUGAAAACCAAGCAUUGAAGUUACUUCAUGAAGUACCUUUUAACAUAUUUGAUACAUGAAGUAAUUUCAAUGUUUGUUUGAAUUUCAAUGCUUGGUUUUCAAAUCAAUAGCUUACAUAACUCAUUUUAGUCUGUAAAGUAAGAGGAGCCAAAUUGGUGGUUAAUUGUGUGUAAAUGCUUAAAUGAAGGAGAAACCCUGAACUUGUGUUUAUACUUGUCUCCAUCCCAAAUAUAGAUGGAGACAUCUAUCACUUUAUAAACUGAUUUUGUAGCUUGUUGCUACUCUAUUCACAAUGAUAUGAAAUAAAAUUAUUUACAAAAUA